GCACGGCCGAGGUGGUCGGGUUCCGGCUGCGCACGGUGGGCGCCGCGAGGUGGCGCCGGCUGGAGACGGCGCGGCCGUUGCGCAUGCCGGAGCCGUACAUCGGGUGGGUGGGGGUGAUGCUGCGUACCAAGGCCAGGGUGAUGGCGGUGCCGACGCUGCUGGAUGAGUUUGCCAGGGCGUGGUACUUUUGUGUGCGCCAACAACCAGAUCGUACGGGUGGGCAGCAGGAGAGACGUAUCGCCGAGUUGGUGCUGUGGAUUCUGAGGCGACUCGCGCGCGAUGCGGAGGUGCAUGGCGAGAGGGCGAGGUGGAAGCUGACGGUGGAGAAUGUGCCAGUUGUUUUAUAUUGGGAGUUCUGGCGCCCGUUUGUGGACUCGUAUCCCGAGGCCGUGGGCCUGCUGGCGAUGUGCGGCCUCCACUCGAACACGGAGCUUUGAUCCCUUGCCUUCACGAUGUGAUGGCUUACCAAAGGGGGAUUUACAACCAUAGGUACCUUUGAACGGCGGGACGUCACCUGAUUGCGUACAAAGCAGUGUCAAGGUUUCUCGAGGUAGGCUCCUAGUGUUACCGCGUCUUGGGCCUUUCUGUAGUUUGCAAGUUUCCAAACCUGUCGGGUGCUCAGGGGAAGCCCGAAGUGCGCAAUCAAGGGCAAGAAUCGUGGUGCUGGUUUCAGCAAAACUUGUCCGGUCGAAACUGGAUUUGUCUAGGCCCUCACGGCUUCCCAGAACCUGGAUUCUCACUACCCC